GACAUGGAUCCUUGCCUCAGAUAAUGACUACCACUGAAUACCGCAGCCCUUGAAUAUCUCCAGGACCAUGGCGAAAAGUGGAAUUCCUGAACAUGAAGUCACCAAGUAUUCAACGUUCUAGAUGAUUGUGCUCGCUUGGAUUGUUUUUCACACCAGCAGAAGCCUUCUCCAAGGUUUUCUGUUCCGUUUUGGGCACCAUACAGUGUGUGUAAAUGAACAGUCGGGGACCAGAAACAUGGGAAAUACCUGUGUGUGCAGAGAAGACAGUGGACUGGAGGACAAUGUAGACUCUCCAAGUCAACAAACUGAAAACCGCAUCAUACCUGCCAGCGAGGCCAGAAACCGCCCAAGGGACCCAGUGCGGCCUCCGCGGAGAGGUCGGGGGCCACACGAGCCUCGGAGGAAAAAACCUAAUGUGGACGGCCUGGUGCUGGAUACUUUGGCUGUCAUCAGAACGCUGGUGGACAAUGACCAGGAGCCCCCCUAUUCCAUGAUCACGCUGCACGAAAUGGCAGAAACAGAUAACGGCUGGCUGGAUGUGGUGCAGUCUCUCAUUCGAGUCAUUCCAUUAGAAGAUCCUCUGGGCCCAGCUGUCAUUACGUUGCUACUGGAUGAGUGUCCGCUGCCAACAAAAGAUGCUCUUCAGAAGCUGACAGAAAAACUGAACCUAAGUGGGACCACAGCAGUUCAAGAUUCCUGUAACCCUGCCAAACACCGCAAUACAACUGCAGUAUUAGGCUGCUUGGCUGAGAAAUUGGCAGGCCCUGCCAGCAUUUCUCUACUGAGUCCGGGGAUAUUAGAAUAUUUGUUAGAAAGUUUGAAUUUCAGGUUUCAUCCCAUGGUCAUUCUGUUUGCACUUAUUGCACUGGAAAAAUUUUCACAAACAAGUGAAAAUAAGAUGACUGUUUCACAGUCUCAGAUUAGUGACCGUCUCCUCUUGCUGGAGACCUGGACAAACAAUGGUGACUUCCUAAAGCGUCAGGUUGGCUUCUGUGCCCAGUGGAGUCUAGACAACCUGUUUUUAAAGGAAGGCAGACAAUUAACUUACGAAAAGGCCGAUUUAUCUCCAAUCAAUGCCAUGCUCAAUAGUAACGAUGUGAGCGAGUACCUCAAAAUUUCUCCAUAUGGACUGGAAGCCCGCUGUGAUGCAUCAUCAUUUGAGAGUGUCCGCUGCACGUUCUGUGUAGACUCUGGUGUGUGGUACUAUGAAGUAACUGUCAUUACCUCUGGGGUCAUGCAGAUAGGAUGGGCCACAAAAGACAGCAAAUUCCUCAAUCACGAAGGAUACGGCAUUGGGGAUGAUGAGUAUUCCUGUGCGUACGACGGCUGCAGGCAGCUGAUCUGGUACAACGCAAAAAGUAAACCUCACCAACACCCCUGCUGGAAAGAAGGUGACACGGUCGGCUUUUUAUUGGACCUACACAAAAAGUUAAUGAUCUUUUCGCUGAACGGAAAUCAGCUUCCUCCCGAGAAGCAAGUCUUUUCUUCCGCAACGUCUGGAUUUUUUGCUGCAGCCAGUUUCAUGUCCUAUCAGCAGUGCGAGUUCAACUUCGGAGCCAAACCCUUCAAGUAUCCACCGGCAAACAAAUGUAGCACUUUUAAUGAGUACGCUGUUCUUGCCCCGGAAGAAAAGGUCAUAUUGCCAAGACAUAGACGCUUAGCGUUGCUAAAACAAGUCAGCAUCCGAGACAACUGCUGUACUCUAUGCUGUGAUGAGGUAGCAGACACAGAGUUGAAGCCUUGCGGGCACAGUGAUCUUUGCAUGGAAUGCGCUCUACAGCUGGAGACCUGUCCACUCUGCCGACAGGAGAUCAAAACUCGAGUCCGUCAGAUUUCUCACAUCUCAUGACAGCUGUGGAAUACACACACCGGGAGGUUUUCGUGGCUAUUUUAUGAGACCCCGUUUACAAAUGAAAUCUUGCAUAUGUUCUGCUUCACCUGAUGGAAAUGGCCAUAUUUUGCAGGAGCGGUUGGACAAGAAGCAGCCCUGUCUGCCAUCUUGGAGGUUUUUGGAAAGCCAUGGAAGUAGACGCACCGCUUACAUUUGACCUGUAUCGGUUUUCACGUGAAGGACACCGAUUGUCCCUUAGGGUACUUGUAGCUUAGGGGCAUUGUUUCCUCUAUGUCCCACCCCCAUUUUUUGGCAGUAACUCCACCCAGUUUCAGGAAGCCCCACCCAGUGCGGGCUCAAUCGCAGUACAUAUACUUUUCCUCAAGACAUCUAAAAUGUUACUUUGGCACUGUUUUUCCUCCUUUCAUUUCUGGAAAAAGGGGUUUGCACUAUAGUAAUGCAUCAAUGUAUUUGCAAAAACUGUAACUUAUUGUACAAUACUGCAAAGUGUCUAUUUUUGCCAGACAAAAUACAGUAUAUGACCAAUGUUUUCUAUUCACGUGGCAUUCUGCUGGUCAGUAGUUUUCCUUUAAAAA